AUGCCUGUUGUUCCUGUAUCGUUAAAUGAUACAGCUCCUAAUGAAAAUAGCACACUCCCCCACGGCCAAGAUCAUGAUAUAGAGCCAACGGUUGAUAAUCACUCACCAUAUCCAGAGAGACAUUUAGACUCAACCGGAUCUCAUGUAUCUUCCAUCAAAAGCAGUGAUGAAAACGACGACGACACUCCAGAGCUCAAACCUUUCCAGGGCCAAGAUUUAGAAAAAGGCCAGCAAUUACAAGACCAAGACGUUUCUGAUUACGACUACCCUAGAGAGGGUGAUGAAUUAUCGAGACUUGAAACCAAUGCCCAACUAUCACGAGAACUUUCGAGAAGAAUAACAAAUACUGGGUCCUUCUUGACACGCGACUAUGCAGACACUACUCAUUUAAGCAUGGGUGAAAACAUUCCCUUCCCACCAAUGCUACCUGAUAGAAACCCAUACUGUGUUGCAUUCAAUGGAUUAAGCGACUCAUAUCAUCCUCACAACUAUCCACUUUGGAAAAAACUCCUAUACAGUGCCUCAGUGGCAACUGCUGCGUUGUCCAUGUCGAUGGGAUCGGCUAUGUUUUCCCAGGGCUCGGAAGAAUUGAGAGAAAUCUACCACAUUGGUACUUCGGUUGCUGCAUUGGCCACAUCGUUGUUUGUGUUUGGUUUUGCUGCUGGUCCUGUUAUUUAUGGGCCCAUGUCUGAAUUGUUUGGUAGAAAACCAGUGUUGGUGAUUUCAUCUCUUGGUUAUGUGUGCUUCCAGUUUGGUGUAGCCACUGCCAAGGACUUGCAGACGAUUAUGUUGUGUCGAUUCUUUGCCGGGUUCGUUGGUAGUGCAUCUUUGGUGGUUGCGCCAGCAGUAAUGGUUGAUUUGUUCAAGGCAAGAGUCAGGGGUUCUGCCAUCUCCGUAUUUGCAUGUGUCUUGUUUGGUGGGCCCAUGUUGGCACCAAUCUUGGGUGGAUUUAUUGUCAAAAACAGCAGUUUAGGAUAUCGUUGGACAUCAUACAUUUCGGCUCUUAUUGGAUGUUUGGCUUUGUUUAUGAAUACGUUCUUGUUACAAGAGACCCACCACCCAGUGUUGUUGGCAAGAAAAGCAGAGUUGUUGAGACGUAAAACUGGUAACUGGGGGAUUUUCGCUCCACACGAAGAGGUCAGUUUGAAUUUGAGUGAAAUUUUCAGAAACAAUAUUUUGAGGCCAUUAAAGUUAUUAUUUACCGAGCCAAUUGUUUUUCUUGUCAGUAUCUACAAUGCAUUUAUCUACGGUAUGCUUUAUGCAUUCUUGACUGUUAUCCCAUUGGUAUUUACUGGCCGUUACCAUUGGUCUCAAGGUGUAGGUGAAUUACCCUACUUGUCUAUGUUGCUUGGUGUCUUUUCUGGUGGACUAACCAUUGUAUACUUUGAAAUGAGAUUGAACAAAAAGGUUGACCAAGGUUUGAAACCAACACCAGAAAACAGGCUACCACCAAUUAUGAUUGGAGGAUUUACAUUUGUUAUUGGUAUCUUUUGGCUUGGUUGGACUGGUGAUUAUGCCGAACACGUGCAUUGGAUUGUUCCCGUGAUUGCCGCAUUUUUCGUGGGUAAUGGAUUGAUGUUGAUCUUUUUGCCAACAAUGAACUACAUUAUCGAUUGUUAUUUAUACGUUGCUGCUUCAGCGUUGGCAGGUAACACUUUCCUCAGAUCCGCGUUUGGUGCCGCAUUUCCUCUUUUCACCACGCAAAUGUUUAAUAACUUGACAAUUAAGUGGGCGGCAACAUUGUUGGGAUGUUUGGGGGUGUUGAUGAUUCCCGUUCCAUUCUUGUUUUACAAGUAUGGUGCUUGGGUUAGAAGCAAAUCCAAAUUUGCCAUGAAGUGA